ACCAGAGAGGUGCAGGGGUGCCUGCCCACCCCACAUGGGGCGCAGUGAGGUACAAGUAGUGCCAUGUAGAGCUCAGGGCUGCCUGUCUGCCUGCCCACAAGCAGCAGAAGGGAAGGAGCAAAUAGGUUGGUGUGGUGGCUCUCCCACGCAGCUCAGGGGAGUUCUGGAAGCCAUGAACAUUCUGGCUUUAAAUCCUCAAAUAAAAACUCAUACAACUCUACAUUCAAGUGCAGCAAAGAAACAAGAAAAGAAAUUUUGGAAAAGGAAUGCUGAUAAGAGCUGUUCAAACUGUGAGAUGCUAGAAAAUAAUUUUGAUGACAUCAAGCAUACGACUCUUAGUGAACGUGGGGCACUUCGAGAAGCAAUGAGGUGCUUAAAGUGUGCAGAUGCUCCUUGUCAGAAGAGCUGCCCAACUAAUCUAGACAUCAAGUCAUUUAUCACAAAUAUUGCAAAUAAGAACUAUUAUGGAGCUGCCAAAAUGAUUCUUUCUGACAACCCACUGGGCCUGACAUGUGGAAUGGUAUGUCCAACCUCAGACCUUUGUGUAGGAGGAUGCAAUUUAUAUGCUACGGAGGAGGGACCAAUUAAUAUUGGUGGAUUGCAGCAGUUUGCUACUGAGGUGUUCAAAGCUAUGAAUAUUCCUCAGAUUAGAAGCCCUUUCUUAUUUCCCUCAGAAGACAUACCUGAAGCAUACCAUGCGAAGAUAGCUCUCCUUGGUGCUGGGCCUGCAAGUAUCAGUUGUGCUUCUUUUUUGGCUCGAUUAGGUUACUCAGACAUCACCAUAUUUGAAAAACAGGAAUACUUUGGUGGCUUAAGUACAUCUGAAAUCCCUCAAUUCCGGUUGCCAUAUGAAGCAGUGAAUUUUGAAGUUGAGCUUAUGAAGGACCUUGGAGUGAAGAUAGUUUGUGGGAAAGGCCUUGGAAUAGAAGGAAUGACACUCAGUACCUUGAAGGAAGAUGGUUACACAGCAGUCUUUAUUGGAAUAGGUUUACCAGAGCCAAAGAAAGAUGGUAUAUUCCAAGGACUGAAAAUGGAUCAAGGUUUCUACACAUCUAAAGACUUCCUACCACUGGUAGCAAUGGCAAGUAAACCAGGAAUGUGUGCCUGUCACUCUCCAUUGCCAUUGAUACAGGGAACUGUGAUAGUACUUGGAGCAGGAGACACUGCUUUUGAUUGUGCAACAUCUGCUUUACGCUGUGGAGCUCGCCGUGUAUUUGUGGUCUUCAGAAAGGGAUUCACUAAUAUCAGGGCUGUUCCUGAGGAGGUGGAACUUGCAAAAGAAGAAAAGUGUGAAUUUUUGCCUUUCCUCUCACCUCGUAAGGUUGUAGUGAAAGGUAAAAAAAUUGUUGCUGUGGAAUUUGUUCGAACUGAACAAGUUGAAGCUGGAAACUGGAUUGAAGAUGAGGAUCAGGUUGUCCGUUUGAAGGCAGAUGUGGUGAUCAGUGCCUUUGGUUCAGUUUUAGGUGAUCUUAAAGUAAAGGAAGCCAUGAAUCCUAUCAAGUUUAAUAGAUGGGGUCUUCCUGAAGUGGACCCAGAGACCAUGCAAACCAGUGAACCGUGGGUUUUUUUAGGUGGUGACAUUGGAGGUCUAGCUAAUACUACAGUGGAAUCUGUGAAUGAUGGAAAACAAGCUUCCUGGUAUAUGCACAAAUACGUACAGUCUUUAUAUGGUGCUGCAGUUCCUACUACUCCAAAAUUACCUCUCUUCUAUACUCCUAUUGAUUUGGUUGACAUCAGUGUAGAAGUGGCUGGACUGAAAUUUUCAAAUCCCUUUGGUCUUGCCAGUGCAACUCCAACUACUAGUUCUCCAAUGAUUCGAAGAGCAUUUGAAGCAGGAUGGGGAUUUGCUCUGACCAAAACAUUCUCCCUCGAUAAGGACAUUGUAACCAAUGUUUCUCCAAGAAUUAUACGUGGAAUUACAUCGGGCCCCAUAUAUGGCCCAGGUCAAGGCUCUUUCUUAAACAUUGAGCUCAUCAGUGAGAAAACUGCAGAAUAUUGGUGUAAAAGUAUCACUGAACUGAAGGCUGACUUUCCCAACCAGAUUGUAAUUGCCAGUAUCAUGUGCAGCUACAACAAGGAUGACUGGACUGAACUUUCAAAAAUGGCUGAGGCUUCUGGCGCAGAUGCCCUGGAGUUAAAUUUAUCAUGUCCUCAUGGCAUGGGGGAGAGAGGCAUGGGCCUGGCCUGUGGGCAGAAUCCAGAGCUAGUCCGUAACAUCUGUCGCUGGGUUAGACAAGCUGUUCAGAUUCCUUUCUUUGCCAAGCUGACCCCAAAUGUCACUGAUAUUGUGAAUAUUGCAGUGGCUGCUCAAGAAGGUGGUGCAGAUGGUGUGACAGCCACAAACACAGUGUCAGGACUGAUGGGACUAAAAGCAGAUGGCACACCUUGGCCUGCAGUUGGUGGAGAAAAGAAGACCACAUAUGGCGGUGUGUCUGGAAGUGCUAUUAGGCCCAUAGCCCUGCGAGCAGUAUCUGCUAUAGCUCAUGCUCUUCCAGGAUUUCCCAUUUUAGCAACAGGAGGAAUUGAUUCAGCUGAGAGUGGGCUGCAAUUUCUUCACAGUGGUGCUUCAGUUCUACAGGUGUGUAGUGCCAUACAGAAUCAAGAUUUCACAGUGAUUGAGGACUACUGCACUGGUCUGAGAGCCCUACUUUAUCUGAAAAGCAUUGAGGAACUUCAAGACUGGGAUGGACAGAGCCCUGCAACCAUGUGCCAUCAGAAAGGAAAGCCAGUACCCAAAAUUGCUGAUCUGAUUGGAAAGAAACUGCCUAGUUUUGGACCUUACCUUGAGCAGCGUAAAAAGAUAAUGGCUGAGAACAAGAUUAAACUGAAGCAACAAACCACAACUGUUGUACUUCCUGAGAAAAAGCAUUUUAUUCCCAAGAAGCCCAUUCCAGCUGUCAAGGAUGUAAUUGGAAAAGCACUGCAGUUCAUUGGAACAUAUGGUGAGCUUAACAACACAGAGCAAGUUGUGGCUCUGAUUGACAAGGAAAUGUGCAUCAACUGUGGCAAAUGCUACAUGACCUGUAAUGAUUCUGGCUACCAGGCUAUACAGUUUGAUCCAGAAACCCACCUGCCCACUGUUACUGACAGUUGUACAGGCUGCAAUCUGUGUCUCAGUGUCUGCCCUAUUAUUGACUGCAUCAGAAUGGUUUCCAGGACAACACCUUAUGAACCAAAGAGAGGUCUGCCCUUAGCUGUGAACUCAGUGUGUUGAGGUGAUCAGUCCAGCAGUUAAUGUGAACUUUACAUUUCCCUGAUGCGGUAAAUUUGCUUUCCAAUUAGUACUUCCAAUUUUAACUGUAUUAAAAUACAUAACAUUGAUAGCUUGUAA